AUGACAGCGCAACAGUCUUCCGCUGGAACCGCCACUCCCCCUGAUCCUUCCGCCAUUCCCUCAGAUCCUUCCGCCACUCCUCCUGAUCCUUCCGCCUCUUCCCCAGCGGCUUCCGCCACUCCCCCAGAUGCUUCCGCCACUCCGUCAGCGCCUUCCGCCACUCCCCCAGAUGCUUCCGCCACUCCGUCAGCGCCUUCCGCCACUCCCCCAGCACCUUCCGCGACUCCUCCAGAUCCUUCCGCCAUUCCCUCAGAUCCUUCCGCCACUCCCCCAGCGCCUUCCGCCAGUCCCCGAGCGCCGUCUGCUAGUCCUCCAGCGCCUGCUGCGCCGCCGUUGGCGGAGGCAGAGGGAGGAGGGCAGGGUCAGGAUGAGGGGCAGAGUCAGGGGCGAGGGGAGGCGGAGCGGGGCGGAGAGGAGGGGGGAGGAGGAAAAGAGACGCAAUCGGGUGGGGGUCAGGGGCAGGGGCAGAGCGGGGGAGGGGAGACGGCGGAGAGCUGGUACAAGAUAAAGCGCGUGGCGUUCCUGGGGCGGCAGCAGGUGCCCAUCGUCAUGCAAAACGACAACGGGCCCUGCCCCCUGCUUGGCAUUGCCAAUGUGUUGCUGCUCCGCAACGCCAUCUCCCUCCGCCCCAGCGCCACCGAGAUCUCCCAAUCAGACCUGCUGUCUCUGGUGGCACACCGACUGCUGGACAGCAACACAGGCAUGGAGGGCCGUUCAGCAGAGUACAUAAGCAACAGGCAGCAGAACGUGGCAGACUGCAUGGCUCUGCUGCCGCGCCUCGCCACGGGGAUUGACGUCAACGUGCGCUUCACAGGCAUCCACGCGUUUGAGUUCACACCAGAGACGGCCAUCUUUGACCUGCUGGACAUCAGCCUCGUGCAUGGCUGGCUGGUGGACUCGCAGGACUCGGCCACAGCAGCAGCAGUGGGCUCCCUCUCCUACAACAGCAUCGUGGAGCGCCUAGUCGCCCUGCAGGCCUCCCACCCCGACCUUGCUGCUGCUCUGCUGGGCGGGGGAGGGGGAGGAGGGGGAGGGGGAGGGGGAAGCGGGGAAGGGGGAGUUGGGGGAGUAGCUUCCGAGCCUGUUCCUGCAUCCGAGCCUGCAUCGGUUUCCGAGCCUCGUACAUCCUCCGAGCCUCUUUCUGCCUCGGCUGCCCGAGCCUGUGCUGCUGCAGAAGAAACAAGCGGGGCGGAGUGUGAGAGGGAUACAGAGGGAGAAAGUGUAGAGAGAAGACAGAAGGGUGGUGAGGGGUUGGAGGGGGUAGAGAGUGGUGCAGAGUCGAGGCAGGGGGGUGAGGCUGCUUCUGCUCCAGAAAGGCCUGCUGAAGAGAAGGUUAGAAGCGACGAGGAGCAAGUGAGGAGGGAAGAGGAGGGCAUAGGGGAGGACGAGGAAGGGGGGGGGGAAGAUGACGGGAAGGAAGACCAGAAGGAAGGGGAGGAACGCAGGUGUGAGGAUGGAGUGGGGAGGAGUGAAGCGGGAGCUGCACUGGCAGUAGGAAGGGGGGAGCAGGCAGGGGGAGGGGAGAUGCGGGAUGAUGUGCGGGAAGCUCUGCUGCUCUUCACGUUUCUCAACGACACAGCCAGCCAGCUCACUUACCACGGCCUCUUCAGCCUACAGGAGGGAGUGAAGGAGAAUCAGCUCUGCGUAUUCUUCCGCAAUAAUCAUUUCAGCACUCUCUUUAAGUGUACCAACCACAUCUACCUGCUGGUGACGGAUCAGGGCCAUCUCAACCAACCCGGCGUCAUGUGGGAGAGGUGGGAUGAGACAACUCACUCCCUUCCUACCUUCAAUCCCCGCCUUCUCCCUGCCAUGACCCCCAGAGCACCAACCACAUCUAACCCGGCAUCGUGUGGGGGAGGCUGGGGCAGGUGGAGGGGGAAAAAUCACUCCCUUGCCUCCCUUGCCCCACUUCCUUCCGUGACCCGUCCCUCCCUCUCCCCACCCACAGCGUACCAACCACAUCUACCUGCCGGUCACCGAUCAGGUCUAUCUGAACCAGCCGGGCAUUGUGUGGGAGAGGCUGGGGCAGGUGGAGGGAGACAACUCACUCUCCCUUCCCCACCCUGCCACCCUUGUUACCCCCAGCGCACCAGCCACAUCUACCUGCUGGUGACGGAUCAGGUCUAUCUGAACCAGCCGGCCAUUGUGUGGGAGAGGCUGGGGCAGGUGGAGGGAGACAACUCACUCUCCCUUCCCCACCCUGCCACCCUUGUUACCCCCAGCGCACCAGCCACAUCUACCUGCUGGUGGAGGGCGACAACACGCUCUGUGAGGGGGAUUUUACUCCCUCAACUCUCGUCCUCACUUCGCUCCCUUCGCUCCCUUCUCUUCCGUCUCUCCCACCUCUCCUUGCCUCAGCGCACCAGCCACAUCUACCUGCUGGUGACGGAUCAGGGCUACCUCAACCAGCCGGGCGUGGUGUGGGAGAGGCUGGGGCAGGUGGAGGGAGACACCACGCUCUGUGAGGGGGACUUCACUCCCUUUGCUCCUCCGCCGUCUCUGGCCCUGGCUCAUGGGGGGGAGGGGGCUGCUGCACAGUGGACACACGAGGACGAUGCUGCAAUUGCCGCUGCUGCCGCUGCUGUGGAGGGAGACACCACACUCUGUGAGGGGGACUUCACUCCCUUUGCUCCUCCACCGUCGCUGGCCCUGAGUCAUGACGGCGCUGCUGCUGCACAGUGGACGCAUGAGGACGAUGCUGCCAUUGCCGCCGCUGCCGCUGCUGUGAGUGACACAUGCAUGCAGGCAUGCUAUAAAAGGGCAGGGAAGGAUUGGAGCUCGUGCAACCCAUGCAAGCCACCCAACGCCCUGACUGACACACUAGCCCAUGGGGGCAUGGAAGGGUUGGAGCUCGUGCCAGGCAUGGACGCAUACCAAUCGCCAACUGGCUCUGAUGUCACAGCAGCAGGAGGUGGAGGCAGCAGAGAGGCAGCAGGCAGGGGGGAGAGGAUGUGUGAAGAAUGCUCCUUGUCUCAUCCCCUUAUGCCCUCUUCCCCUUCUCCUGCUACUUCUCUUUCCGACCUUCAACUCGCCCUGAUGCUGCAGCAGCAGGAGGUGGAAGCAGCAGAGAGGCAGCAGGCAGGGGGGAGGGGGAGGGGCGGAGGCAGGGGGGGAAGAUCAGGGGGAGUACAGCAGGUGCGCAGUGAAGGGGGAAGCGGGGGAGGGGCGUGGGGGCGGGAAGGAGCAGUGGGAGGGGCAGCAGGGCCUAUAGAUUCCUCCCCCUUGCUUCCCUUCCCAUGCAUCUCCCCUGGUUCAUUUAUCACACCCUACUGCCCCCCCUCCCUGCCUCCCUCCCUCUCUACCUCCCUCUCUCCUCCUUCCCUUACUCUCCCCUGGUCCCCUCCUUUUCUUCAACCCCCCAACCUUCACCAAGCAGGGGAGCACCCAACCAAGAUCCCCCUCGCGCCGCACCACACCGCAUCACGCCACUUCCUCCCCGCCAACCCCUCAGGGCAGGGGGCAGCGCAGGGGUGGGUCAACGCAGAGUGA